AUGGAAACUCCAUACCCUCAGCUCAUCACUCCCUCAACGACUCGUAUCGGAUGGAUCGGCAUCGGAAUCAUGGGAUCCGCCAUGGUCUCACACAUCCUCGCCGCAGGCUACUCCGUCACCAUCUACGCACGCGACCUCGACAAGUCAACGGACCUUCAAACCAAAGGCGCCCGCACCGCCACCACCCCGAGAGAGCUAGCUGAGGUAAGCGACGUCGUUUUCACGAUGGUUGGAAACGCCAACGACGUCCGGUCACUCCUCCUCGAUCCCGACAGUGUACUCUCAGGUCUCAGACCGGGAGGAGUAACCGUCGACAUGACCAGCAGCCAGCCUGCACUUGCGCGUGAAAUUUGA